UAUUCGCUUCAAUAACUUUGGUGCCAUAAAAAAUGCAAUAAAAAAUUUGAAACGAAAUUAGAUUUUUUCUUCUAAAAGUAUCUAGAGUAAGGGCGAUGUUGAAAUUUUUACAAUUUAGUUUUUUAUUAUUUGUGUUUUUUAUAGAAAAAUGUUCCAGUUACGACCAACUUGCGGAUUCAAAACGUGAGUUAUUAUUAAUCUCACAAAAAUCGUUUAUUGUCUGGCCGAACGCUACAAUCCCUUUUUACAUCCAUCCUGAACAUUUUGACCAUGAGCAAUCAAUGGCCAUCAUGACGGCGUUAUCCAUGUUUGCUUUCAAAACGUGUUUGAAAUUCGCGCCCGUGAUGGUGACUCCGGAUGAUAACCAGCAUAUUAUGACCUUUAUCAACCCUGUCGGUGCGAGGAGAUGCAAAAUACACAAUGAAGGACAUUCUAACUAUCAUCCACAUCUAAUACAACUGGGGUACGGGUGUCUCCAAUCACCAGAAAUCGAUAUGAUGAUCAUGAGAGCUCUCGGAAUGCCCUUCGAACAUAACCGCAUGAACCGGGACGCUUACAUUGAUGUGCUGGUCGAAAAUAUUGAGCCAAGUUACGUGGAACUAUUCACAAAGAGUGGCGUACUGCCGUCUAGGAUCUGGUCAUUACCCUACGACGUAAACAGCGUCAUGCACUUCGGAGAACGGGAGUACAGCAAGAAUGGACAUAGGACUAUCAUGUUUAAGGACAACAUCAAACAAAAUCGCGUCGGUCUUUCUCCUUUGGACUUGAAGAAAAUUGAACUAAUAUAUGGACCAGAAUGUCGAGCAAGAGACCGACAAGAGAAGGUUGAACUCUGCCAGUCUUACCCAGGAGUAGCCAGGCGUAAGAGAGAAGUGGAACCACCAACCAACAAGAGUUUGAGAGUAAACCCUGAAAUAACUCCACCUCCUACUGUGCUCUCUUCUCAGAAAGUCCAACCAAUGGCUUUAGCAGAAGCAGUACCUAUUGAAGAGACUCCGCAAGAUGGUUCUGAGUAUAUCAACGCAAAUUUAGACGCUCUAGGCAUAUCCAAUGAAACAGAAAAGAUUAUAGAACAAGUCUACAAGGUAUCUGCCCUAGCUUUGAAACAUGCAAGAGAGAAAUACUGCAAUAAAACUUCUAAUACAACUGUUGAAGUUGAUGAUAAAAAACCGGAUAACGUAAAACGGUCCAAUGCAUCAGAUAUUCUAGGAAUACUUGAAGUUAUAGCCGAUUAUGCAAAAUCUAUGGUUGAUAAUGCUGUAGCUAACCUAACCUCCUUCUGCGAAACGUCUGAAUCUAUUGAAACUUACCAAAGACAAUGUAAGUUCGGAUACGACAGCCGUUGCCCGAAAACUUAUAGAUCUACUAAAUCUGGGGCUGUACGGUAUUCUACGAAUCAUAGACCAUAUAUUAAACAACAGACUCGCCAUGAGGGAGUUGAGAAUAGAUAUUCUUAUGAUAAGAUGCAUAGGCGCGAAGGCGACGAUACCACGCCAUCUUUGACUCCAAAUAGAAAGAAAAGAGACGUUACUAACCCAGAGGAAGAUAAAUUGAAAGCUGUCAACGAAUUGACAGAAGUUCAAAUUGAGAACACCACGAAUGACAUGAAGGUUUCGACCACAGAGGAUGAUAAGAAGGCAGAAAGAAGGUUCUUUGAAGAGACACGUUACAACAAUAACAAAAAAAAAUAUCGCAAAGACGGCGCAGGGCCCGAAUGGGAUGGAUCCGACGUCUCUAUAGAACCAGCUGAGAGGAUGGGAAAAAUUGCAAAAGAUGACAGCCAAUCUGCAGAAGACAGCAUAGACGCGGAAGCAGAAAAAUCCAUAAACAAAGAAGAAUUAGUCAAAGAAGUUAUUAACGAAGGAUUAGACUCUAUUCUAGACGCUGAGAAAGCAAAAAAUGAAGAAGAAGAAGGGUCUAGUUCAGUUUCUGAACCAGAUAACAAAGAAGAGAAGAAAUCUGAAGAAGAAGAACCGGUUAAGAAGAAGAAACAUAGGAAAGUAACGGGGAAGAAAGUUACGGAAGCUACUAAAACUGAGCCUGAUGAGAAACCCAAGAUGAGUUCAAUGGAGCAACGUUCUCACAGUGGAUUGCCGAAGACUGUCAGACUAAACAAGCUUAACAAGGAAUUUUACGCUGAGAGGAAAUGGCCUGACGGUAUUGUCAGACUGGUUAUUAAGAAAAUACCGGAAUUUGACCUCGAAGAUCUUCGCAACAGAAUAGCAGAAGUCAACAGCAUUCUACAACAGAAGACUUGCGUGAAGAUACACGAGGUGGACUCCAAGGAGGCGCGAGGAUACGACGACUAUAUCAUACUGGAUACCAGCCCUGACUACGUUACUGGACGUACGGGGGGGAAGCAGAUCUUCGGCUGCGUGGAACUGUUCCGUGGGGGUCAGCACCGACAGCAUACCGCUAUGAUGGUGAUGGCAAUGCUGGGCUUCUACUUCGAAGUCUCCCGCCAUGAUAGAGACAAGUAUAUUAGAGUGCAUCAGAGGCAUGUUAGACCAGAUAAACUACACCACUUCGAGAAAAUUCGUGAUGAAGCUACCCUAGAUGUGCCGUAUGACUAUAAGAGUGCCACCCACCCAGCCUGGCAGUUCUGGAGAAAGAUCGGCAAGACUGGUAUCUCUACCGUCGCCACUUAUAAAGAACGGGACCCAGACGGCUCAAUAAUGAGGUCUUUAGGCCAGAAUGAAGAACUGCUAUCAGAAUACGAUAUUAUAAAGAUUAACAGCAUAUACGGCGUCGACUGCUUCAUACCAAAAAAAGAUCAGGCUAAGAGAAAGAGGCACCGUGUGAAGUCUAAAAGGAAUACAUAAUUAAAUUAAAUGA